GUUCCGUCCGGUUCCGCCCGGUUCCGCCCCCGCCCCCACCAUGUCCGGCUGGCAGAGCUACGUGGACAACCUGAUGUGCGAUGGCUGCUGCCAGGAGGCCGCCAUCGUCGGCUACUGCGACGCCAAGUACGUGUGGGCCGCCACGGCGGGGGGGAUCUUCCAGAGCAUUACGCCUAUAGAAAUAGAUAUGAUCGUAGGAAAAGACCGAGAAGGUUUCUUCACCAAUGGUUUGACUCUUGGGGCAAAGAAGUGCUCGGUGAUCAGAGAUAGUCUAUAUGUUGACGGCGAUUGCACAAUGGACAUCAGGACAAAGAGUCAAGGUGGUGAACCGACAUAUAAUGUCGCCGUAGGGAGAGCUGGCCGAGCAUUGGUUAUAGUCAUGGGAAAGGAAGGUGUCCAUGGAGGGGCACUCAACAAGAAAGCAUUUGAACUCGCGUUAUACCUGAGGAGGUCUGACGUCUAAGCAGCCUCUCCCCGUCCACCUAGCAACUGUCCUCGUCAGCACCCAAGUGUUCCCAGUGCUACCAGACAGUAGAUGGUAGUGGAAUCUAUUUUUUUUUUUUUUUUUUUUAAUUUACCCAUUUUCUAAUGUCAUGAUUCCGGUUCCCUCUGGAUUGUUUGUAUAUUAACCAGCGUAUGUAACAGUCCCAUAUCCGACACCAUUAUUGCAGCACAAUAAUGAUAUGCAUGAUAUCUUGAAAUUUGGGGGC